AUGUUUAAAUCAAAUUAUUCACAACCAGGUUAUUCUAAACUUAAACAAAAUUCUUUCGAGGAAGACGAUUAUUUUUCGCUUGACGAUACUUGGCAAAACCACGACAAUAACGUUGAUUUCAUAAUCCCUAUACCACGUAAACAAAAACGUGCUUUAUCUGAGUCCAGGGAGCCAUAUAAUAAAAUUCCUAUACCAAAAUCUAGUAUGGAAAUCACGCCAUUUGAAAUUACGAGGGACAGUGAUGGUAUAGAGUAUGUUAAUAAUCAACAGUCGUUCAGCGCUUGGUCACAGCUUUCAAAAAAAUUAAAAUUUGGCAAGGGAAAAACUGAAAAAGAUUUGGAUAUCUUUAAAUCAGUUUUCAAUUUGAGUUCACAAGAAUUACAAGACUUACUACAAGACUUGCAAGAUUGGCAGUCUAAUUCUCCUCUAUUGACCACAAAUCAUGGGCCACCCAUCACAAAUGAAAUAUUUAUUGGAAUUUUGGAUUCUGUCAAAGUUGCUAUUGAUUCCGGUGUUCAACCAACUCGUAUUAGACAAGGUUCUUCGGGAUCUUAUUUUUGUCGUAAUAAAGAUGGAAAAAUUGUUGGCGUUUUUAAACCAAAAAACGAAGAACCUUAUGGAAGACUUAAUCCCAAAUGGACAAAAUGGAUUCAUCGUAAUUUAUUUCCAUGCUUUUUUGGUAGAAGUUGCCUGAUUCCAAAUCUUGGUUAUAUUUCUGAGGCUGCCGCAUCUCUUCUAGAUCGUAGAUUAAAUUUAAAUAUAGUUCCUGUCACUGAAGUUGUAUGGCUAUCUUCACCAUCUUUCCAUUAUGAUUAUUUAGAUCGUCGUGCUGCUCGAUCAAAGAAAAAUCCUAAACCUUUACCUGUAAAAAUAGGCAGUUUUCAAGUAUUUUUGGAUGGUUACAUUGAUGCUAAUGUUUUCUUGAGAGAACAUCCAUGGCCCGAGCGUCAUGAAAAUAAUGAAAGUGCAGGCACUUCGACGGCCAACGAGAGAUCACGCUUGAGCCCACUUAUCUGUGGAAGAUCAGGUACAAUUGAUGAUGAUGAAACAAAUGGUUCACAUCCAUUAUCCCGGUUUUGUUGGACUCCAGCAUUACAACUUCAGUUCCGGGAACAAUUUGAAAAGCUCGUUAUUUUAGACUAUUUGAUGAGAAAUACUGAUCGAGGAUUGGACAAUUGGAUGAUCAAAUAUUGUGAAACGGACGGAAACAGUAGUAUUACUAAUUCACCUCCCAAAUCAAGCGUUAUGAAGGCACCGGAAGUUUUAUCCAAAGAUAACUCAUCAAAAAAAGAUUCUAAAGAUUCAAAAUCUUCUAAAUCUUCUAAACCAGUAAUUUCAAAUAGUUCCAUCGAAACUCCAUCAACAUCAUCUGCUCGCAAUAAUUCACAAGAAGCCUCUAAAACAAAGUCACCAUUUACUCAAUAUCCACAUAUUCACAUUGCAGCUAUUGAUAAUGGGUUAGCAUUUCCUUUUAAACAUCCAGAUCAAUGGAGGUCAUAUCCGUAUGGAUGGGCAUAUUUAUCCGAUGCUCUUAUAGGACAACCUUUCACUACUAAUACUAGGAAACAUUUUCUUAAAUUGCUAACUGACGUUAAAUGGUGGAAGGAAACUGUAUAUGAACUUGGUCGUUUUUUUUCUGUUGAUUCUGAUUUUGAUGAGGGCAUGUUUUCAAAACAGAUUGCUGUGUUGAAAGGUCAAGGAUGGAAUAUUGUUGAAACUCUUAAACAUCCCAACCAGGGACCAAAAGAUCUUAUUUACCGAGAAAAUGCUAUGGUUUGGGAUGUUUAUCAAUUUAUCGUAAUUCCUGAUGAGCCCACGGACCGAAAUCAGAAUAACGAUGGAAUUGAUAUUUCUAAUAGAAAUUCAAUAACUGAUGAUGAUAGUAAUCGUUUAUCUGAAGAUGGUCCGACUUUGUCUACCAGUGCUCCGGCUGCAACAUCAUUUCCAAUUACUUCAUCAAAAAACAAAUAUACGUGGAGUGAUAGAAUUAAUCGUGUUAAGGAAAAAUUUAAUUUUGAUCACGCUGGAAAAAGAAACAAGCAAAGAACCAAAAAAGUUCUUGUUGAAAAAGUGGAAAUAGUUAAAGGUAGAUCGCCAUUCUUCACAUGGUGUUAA